GGGGUUGAUCGCUGCAGCAUGCGAAUCGGCGGCCAUGUCACAACAUGGGGACUUGUGAGGAUGCGGAGCGGAGGGUUGUGGCUGUGCCGUUGCGCGGCGGAUUGUUGCAGCAUGCCUUGAAAAAGAUCACCGAAGUGACAGGAGUAUAUUCCUGCAAGUUAGAGCAUCUAGAAGACGGAGCACAAGUGGUCAUUCGGGGUCCGCAUGGACAACUCAGCCACUGUGCACAGCUGGUGCUCAGAGCUGCUGUAGGUGACUUUCAUGCUUUGUCGGUGGUGGAGCUCUUUCAGCAGGUCUCCACACCCAGAAAGCUGACUGACUCGAAGGGUUCCGGGCAGACUCCACUGCAGGUCAUUGGUAUAUCCACAGGCUGCGAUUUGACCCUGCAUGGCUCCAAGCUGCAGAUACAAGGGCCAUCAGCGGCAAUUGCCAAGGGUGCCAUGAAGAAGGUCGAGAGGUUUCUUGCUUCCGACAGCACCGACAUCAACGAGGUCUUGCAGGCGGCGAAAGCUGAUGCACCCAGGAACAGCAACUCAAGCGUCUCUGACAUCCAGACCCGAGCUGCAGCUUUACGGAGACAGUCGAGACCCUCCAAAAAGGAUGCAGAACGUGAGGAACGUGCUGCCCUGAGUGGCUGCUGUUUCCCGCUGAUCAAAGAUGGCCAUGGGAAAUCACCUGGAAAUGGAAGUUUUCAUCUAGAAAUGGGCGAUUUUCUGUUGCUGUUUGAUUAGAGGAGAUCACUCUGCACUGGCAUCAAGCGCUUGCUUUGCCACAGAGGAUUCCGGCAUUGGCCUAGUGGUCAAUUUUAUGAGUGAAACCAAAAACUCCUGAGCGGUGAGCUAGUUGUUUGGAAUAUCUACUUUCACCACCUGAUUGGACUUCAGCGAAGGUCUUUUUUUUGGCAUUGUGGCCAUGUUGGGCCACCCACUUCUGUUUCUGGAAUUGGCUUUGGGGCUCUUGAUCUGCGUCUGAUAAUUUUUGGCUUCCCGUUUUCAGAGCGACAACUGGAAGGUACAGUACAUAGACAAGAGCCAGAGAGAAGAAGAG